AUGACUUCCGUACGGUUCAAUAUACUUGACACUAUUGGAAACACGUCUAUUGUGCAGCUCCAGAAUGCUGUUCCAUCGAAUGGAGUUCGUAUCCUCAUGAAGAUGGAGAGCAGCAACCCGACGGGUAGCAUGAAAGACCGCAUGGCUUUUGCAAUGGUCACGGCUGCUGAGAACGAUGGUCGCCUCAAAGCCGGCGGUGCUGUUGUCGAGUACACCGGGGGAAGUACCGGCGUGUCGCUCGCCCUGGUCUGCUCUGUCAAGAAACAUCCAUUGCACGUGGUAACAUCAGAUGCCUUUUCGAAAGAGAAGCUAGACCACAUGAGGCUUCUUGGCGCUGAAUUGACGCUGAUCCCCAGCGACAACGGCAAGCAAACCGAAAAGCUGACCAAAGACAUGAUCCGGGAGGCGCAUGCUCUGGCGGAGAGGACCGGGGCAUACAUUACAGCGCAGAUGGACAAUACCGACCAGCUAGCCGCCUAUACGAAGCUGGCCGAUGAGAUCUACAAGCAGACAGAGGGUCAAAUGGAUGUCUUUGUCCAGAGCGUCGGAUCCGGAGCAGCUCUCCGAGGUGUAUCCGAACGUCUCCGUCGACUUGACAAUCGAAUUCGCUUUGUUGCUGUCGAGCCAGACGAAUCAGCUGUAUUGUCCGGUGGUCCGUCAGGAUCUCACAGAAUUGACGGCAUAGGAGCUGGGUAUGUCGUGCCACUGUGGUACGAUGGCAUUGCUGAUGAGUUUCAAGCUGUAUCGACAGCAGACGCGAGGGCAAUGGUAGACCGCUUGGCACGUGAAGAAGGAUUGUUUUGCGGGCUUUCGACGGGGGCUAAUGCAACUGCCGCUUUGCGAGUAGCAGAAAGGCUCAAGCCUGGAUCGACCGUUGUGACUGUUGCGUGUGAUUCCGGGCUGAAGUACAUGUCGAGCUUUCGUCAACAUAUGGAGCCUCUCACUUGA